GAAAAGCACAGCGAUAAGUGUUAGGUGUUCCAAGUUAUUUUGGCAGUGAUUGUAGGUCACUUAAAAACUCAGACCAAAAUCUCAGCUUGAGAGAUGUAUUUAUUAGAUCAACACGGGUGUCUAGGACAAUGUCAGAUGACAUUACGAGAUACGCCAAGUUUAUGCUGCUAAACAUUGUUUGAUGCUGUGCUUUAAGGGUAUAAAAGACCUUGGAAUCCCUCCUACUGAACAUUUUAGUUGUAACGUGGAACUCUCAAUUUGCUAGCAAGCAUGUGUUUGAAACUUCUGCUAAUAGUUGCUCUUUCGUGCCAGUUUUCCUUUGUUCUCAGUGCUGAGGUUGAGAGCCACGGAAAAUGCCAUAAAUUGUGCAAAGAAUUUGUCAGUUUUGUGUAUGGAACCAUUCAGAAAAAGAGUAUCUUUGAUGGUCUGCUCUCGCAAGAUAGGAUGUACGCCUUUGUGAGGCGGGAAGCGUCAGGGUAUUGCAACAACAAAAAUGAAAGAAAAACAGAGUGCCAGACACUUGUUGAAAGCACAUGGAUGAUUGUUGUCGCUGUAGAGCAUGGUGCCAAUGUUGAUGAAAUCUGCCACCAUCUCAAUGUUUGUAAGAAGAAGGAAAAGGAGACACCUGAACAAAGGUCAAAGAAUGCAGUUAAGGUUUUUCAAGAAUUUUGCGCUAAAUUAACAGGAAACCGUGGAGACUCUAUGAAAAUAUGCACUGAUGUUACGUUGAUGAUCCGGUCAUUGGCUAAGCUAAAAGAGGCUGACGUAAAUAGUGGCAACGUUCUGCAGCAGCUCACUGCCUGUCCUUCACAGAGUAACACGGUUGGAUGCUAUGUAAAGAAAGCUCCACUUUCAGCGAAGCUGGCAAUCGUCAUGGCAACAACGAUGAUACCGUCGCUCUCUAAGUUGAGGGCAAACAUACAGAAGCAAAUAUGGCCCCCUAAUGCCAAGUGCCAGGAUUUCAGCUUCGACAAAUUCCAGCCUAUAGCAGAAGACCAGCUGAACGAAUUCGAUAGCGUUCCAGUAAGCCGCUAUGACUUGGAACAGCGAUGCCAGGCUAGCUGUGCCUUCAUGACAAACAUGGUUUUUUCUUCGUAUUUCAAGAAAUUUGAAAUCUUCCUUGAUGUUGAAAAAGAAUUUAAUGAUGCUUGCAAAGUUUUGAAUGUCACGAAGCAAGAAACGUGUGCAGAGCUAGUGGAAUACAUCCCGAAACUCAAAAUAUCAUUAUCCGCUAUAAUAACAAAUGGAUUUUGCUUGAAAAUGACAUGUGAUGUCCCAUCAACCAAAAGCAAGAAGCCAUCAGACUGCAAAGAUGUAGGAAAACCUGGUGAAAUUUCAUCCAAAAUUGGUUCCAACUUUAAACCAGAAACUGCUGGUUCUGGGGUGCUUAAAACCCCUUUCUGGGUUGCAAGUCUGAUGGCUGCUGCAGCAAAAUUGAUCAUUUUCAGCUAAAAAUCUCAAAAAGCAAAGUUUUGAACAGGAAAACCUGCUGGAAACUUUAACACUGAUGAAAACUAGUUUUCUGUGUGGUUGUUUCUGAUGUUGAUAAACUUUAAGUUGAAGUGCCUACGGGAAAACUAAUGAUAUUCAUUCGAUAUUGUAUGCCAAUUUAUUAUUAAUCAAUCUUUAGUUGACUCCUUAACAAUAUUUCAUAAUAAACAAUUAGUAUAUAUGUAACAACAUAUGUAUGUAUUAUUCCCAUAAACUGCUGCUUUACCAGAGUGAAA